ACGUUUGUCCCGGGGCCCAGGAAAAUCCAUUUCAGUUCACCAAUCGCCCGAAAACUGCUGCAGUCUGGAUGUGUUCGUCAGUGUUGCAUCGUCGUGUCAUAUAACAAGUCCUCCCAUUGAUAAAACCCAAAAACCCCUCAUCUAAAAUCCCCCAAGUCCACUCCACCCUUCAUUCCAAAAAUUUCUAAAAAUCGCUCCAAAUUUUUUCCCCCGCGUCCGGUACAAAUAAAAUCCAAAAAUUCGGAUAAUCAGUGCCAAGUGCUCGAAUGUUCCUGUCCGUCACCAACAAAAGAAGUUGAAGAGGAAAAAUGGGAAAAAUCCAGCGAAAAGGAUCUGGUUUUUUUUCUGGUGGAGAGGAAGAAAGGAAAAUAAAAGUAGCGGGAGUGCAGGGAAAAAGAGCGGUUUAGUGUUUGUCCGAUAGAGAGAGAUGUACAAUACCUCAGACUGUUGUUAGCCUGGUGUUUCCCCCCUUCUCAAUACUAUUUUCCAUGUAUUGAAGUGAGAAGGAUAUGUUAAGGUUUUAGAGGGAGUGAAAACGCUCUUUGGAGCUGUACUCGUACUGCUAGUGCUUCGACGUCAAAAUGUCGCUGAAAACGCCAACGCGGACGGAGUAAUUGUUCGGUAUUUGUUGAUUAUUCAUUCAGUUAACGGUUUUUAUUUCACGUGAAUUUGGGGAGUACAGUGACUCCGGGUUUCUCUCGAUCUCGAGGCGAGGGUGAUACUGAGGAUUGUGGACACGAAUGGAUGGGGGUAAAUUGUUGGGUUUGCCGUGGGUUAAUUGGACGGGAAAAAUCGAUGGAAAAUUGUCGUCUGGGAACAUUAACCCCGAAAUAUCGACGCUGUGGUGCAUCUGAGUUGGAUUGGAUUAUUCAAUAUAAUUGAGAGACGUUCAAAAUCAUUGAGGGUGCAGUGUUGAAGCUAAGGAGUAAAAUGGUGUCAACUCGUCAAUCGAGUAAUAUGGGCAGUGGAAGUGGCUCUGGGAGAGUCAAUGAUACAGUUGAAGCUGGACCAGCACGUAGACAUCACACUCAGGUCAACUCAGCCUCUGCUGGCAGUGCUAACCCAUCACAUGAGCCAGCACCAGUUCACCACAUUAAUCUUCUCAAUCUGCCACCUGAGUUGCUCGACAAAAUUCUAUCGUCAUUGGAUUUGAAUACUGUAGCACAAUUACGUUUGGUAUGUCGGCAAUUCAACAUGGUAUGUGGUUUUCGACUGAAUACAACGUUCCAGCGUCUACAGUCCCAGAUGUUGUCGCGUUUUCAGUCAAUAAAAGCCCAAAUGCCACGUCGAGAAUCAGCGAGACGCAAUCAUCCGCUGUCCUGUGAGUGCGAUAUCAUCGAGACACUCCACAUGAGACUUACCCUUCUUCAAAUGAGCUUUGGAAAGCACAUCGAGAGAAAGCACUGCUGCUUCUUUCCAGGAGAGAUUCUUGACGAGGUUUACCGCAUUCUUCAUUACGUCAAGACAACAGCCAAGUUAACCAAGCCUUUUAAAGUUACUGAUGAACUUUUUGAUUUAACUACGAUGGCUAUGGAGUACUUCAAAGAAAAGAUUGAACCUACUUUGCCAGAAAUUUCGUAUUUCGGACCUGAUUUUCUUGAUCUCGCUGGGACUUUCUCAUCCUCAGGCAGUGUCUCCAAGCCGUUCAUCUGCAUGGACUCAGCACCCCUGAGUGGUGACAGCAAUAAAGACAGUGGCAGUGGUGGUGAAUGUUCCCCGAGCCACAGACCCGAGGACCCAGGUCUAAUGAACAACAAUGUUCCACCACCGCAGUCCAACAUGUUUUUACGCAAACGCAUUCGCAAGAUCAAACAGGGCAUGAAGAGGUACAACAGCCAGUUAUCCAUGAUGCGCAGAGAUCUGAGGAACUGCAAGGUUAAAAUUGCUGAUCAGCAGAAGCAGAUUGUAGAGUAUGCCAAUCGUCUUGACGAUCACGAUAAGAAGAAUGAGGAAACAUCACGCAAAUUCAGCACUUUACUCCAGGUAUUUACUAAGGAACUCAACAAAUGUAAAACAGAGUUGCAAUACUGGCGGUCAAAAUCCCCAGCGAUAUCAGUGUGCAAUGGUUGCGGUCAAUCGAUGCCAAUGCCAGCUGAGGAUUUCCAGGCACUGGCAAAUCAGGGCGUCCUCUCUGACUCAUUCACCGAUGCCCUAAAUUUCAUCCCAAUAGCUGACACAGAAAGUCCAACAGAGCCCUGCAAUUCCCAGCCCCACACGUCAUCCCAAACAACAACAGAAAUGGCACCCCCCAGAACUCCACUGUCCAGUCUCACCACAAAACGAAAAUUAUCAUCCGAAGAGCCCCCAACUGGUGACGUCACCAAGAAACCAAGACGUACGAUCAAGUCACGUCAGGCCAAGCGCUCAAAAAUCUAAAUGGUACAAAAAAAAGAAAAGAAAAAAAAAUAACGAAAUGGAAGGAAAAAAACACAAAAUAUCUAUUUACCAAUCUUUUCCCAUUUUAAUUUUUCAAAUGAAUAAUAAUCGAGCCCACGUCAUUCACUUCAGGUUCAAAAAGAAUGGUAAAACUGUGUGGAAAAAAGUACAAAAUUAUUUUCCUCUUUGGUAAUAAUUAAACUAAAGGGGUAACUCAUUCUUUCGGCUCAGAAAAACGUAAAGAUAAUGAUUAAUGAAAGGAAACAAAAAAUUCUAAAUUAUUCCCGAUCGUCCAUUAGCAAUUGGGAAUUACGACAAAAAAUUAUGCAAAUAAUAUUGUGGGUCACGCACGUGUUCAGAACGAACCAUUAGAUGAUUUAUUUUGAGAAUAUCAAUCAGUUUAUUGUGGUUCAGUAGUGAAAAAAACCAUUACUUUAUUCACUUCGAAAAUAUCUCUGAAAUCGAGACGUUUAGUGAGAAAUGUUAAUAAAUUUUUGUUUUUUGUAGUUGAAUAAAUCCCUUAAUGAAAAAAGUGGUAUGAUGAAUUUUUCUAGACCUAUUUCGUCUAGAAUUCCUUUGGAGAUAUUUUCGAAAUAAUCCGCACAUUAAUUUCGGACUGAUUAAUUGAAUAUUUAAUUAGAUAUCAAAAAAAUUAUUGGGUUCGGAGGAAAAGAAGAGACUCUUGUAGUCAGCAUAAAUCUCUAGAAAAUUUUCUGGUAUUUUGACAUCUUUCAAUUCACUAUUUCUCGAGAAAUUAGUGAAAUAAUUUCAUUAGUUCCACCACUCCAUGACUCACUUGAUUUCUUUUUUCUUUUCCGAUUAAUUUAAUUGAUUAAAUGAUGUAAUGAAUAAUAAAAAAAAUACUUAGGAGACAAUACCGAGGAAAAGAUACUUGCCAUGCUGGUAAAUAGUGCCCACCGAGGGCGAAUAAUCCAGAAUAAUUUUUCUUUCCGCAGGAAAAUCUCAUUUUUCCCUUAAGCAAAUCGUAACAAAAUGCGGGCAGAAAUACUCUGAAUUUCUCGGAAAAAUUUCAGCAUUUUCUUUCAUUUUUCAAUCAUAAUAAAUGAUGUUAAAUGGUACCUGAAGGAUAGGAAGGGGGGCAGGAGAGAGAGAAAGGAAAGGAGAAGACUAAAAAGAAACAAAUGGAGAGCACGAAAACUGGUCCAGCUGCAGGUACUCCGUUGUAAUACGCACCAUAACAAAACCAUAUCAAUUAUUCUCCUCGUUUAAAAUUACGUACACAUGUGGUUUUUUUGAUUUCUGGUUCUAAUCGCCACAAUGACAAAUGAAAUAAAUAAAUAAAUAAAUUAUAGUUGAUAGCUAAAUACAAGGCCUUUUCCCGAGGAUUAGAACAUUAAAAUGCAGAAGUUAAAAUCACCUCAGAUGAAAUAAUGAAACUACAAUCACUUGUCAAGAGUAAUUUGAUUCUGUUUCAUUUUUUAUUACUAAUUAAUUUCUGUUGCCCUUUAUUAUCUUUGACAUAAAGACAAUUAAUGAAUAUCCAAGUAACAGGAAAUAAUGAUGGAGAGGCGCGUGGUUAGUAAUAUUGUGAGUUAUUCAUAAAUCUAGAUAUUAAAAGAAGAAUAAAAAUUACAGAAAUAAUACUGAUAAUAAGUGAAUGAUACUUUAUUACAGAACGAUAAUACAAUAAUGAGGAAAUCAAUUGAGAAAAUAUAUAUAUGUUGAGUGACGGUUGUAGAGAAAAAUCUUCCCCCAUGAAUUAACUGAUUUUUUUUUUCGCCGGGGAGUUCUGUGUCGGAGGAAUAUUAAUUACUUCAUUAUUCAUAGUUUAAGUGAUUAUUUUAGGAUUUUGGGUAUAAAUUCGAAUUUUUGAUGUUUUCAUGUGGAAUAUCGAAGGAUUUUUGAUUUAUCGUUUUUUUUUUCGAGUGAGAGGUCAUUAGCUAAAGAGUUGGCAGAGAGAGAAUGUGGAGAAAUUUUUUAGAUAUCUGGGGGAUAAUGAAUAAUACAGCUUCAAUCUUGUGAUUUUGGAAAUUCGUCUCUAAUUUCUCUUGUUCAUUAUUUUGCAAAUAUCUUUGGGGCUCUUGGGUUCAUUGUAAAAUAUCAGAAUAAUUUUUUAUGAAUAGUUUAAGGGAUUUUUCUUACUAGAACCACGUGUUCUUCAGAUGUCUGCAAAAUUAAUUCUUUAUGAUAUUGAAAAUAUUUCAACAAUUUUAUUUUUAACUUGAAAGUCUCACCGCAUUUUUUUACAUUUCUCUCUCAACAACUCCCAUCUUUAAAAUAAUUGAACAUUUUCUUGUAAACGAAGACUUCGUUUCCUGCUUUACUAUUUCUCUACUGAAUUAUCAGAGGAUAAUCAAUGGAGGGAUGGGGAAGGGAGGAAAAGUUUUAUAAGGGUUCUCAUGGAGAGCUUUAUAAAACAGUGAAGAUUUUGUGAUUGAAUGAAUGAUUCUCUCGUUAUAUUUAGUCACAAAAUCCAAUCAAAUAUCCUUUCUAAUUAGCAAUACCAAUUUUUUCAUUUCCAUACGAAGCUUUAGUGUUACAAAAACUGCUGAAAGUGACCUUUAUUCACUGAAUUAACGGUUGCGGGGUGAAAAAAAAUCCUCAUUUUCCAAUGAAUUUUUCUGAGUAACUGCAGGGAUGAGAUUAUCAUUAUCACACCAAUGGUAACAAUUGAAAUUCAAAGUCACGUGUCGGUGCCUGAAAUUAAUGAUUUUUAUUCUGCGUAUCGAAUCGAUGAAAUGAUCAACGAAUUUCCGAGUAAAGUAGAUGUCUAAAAAAAAAAUGUAAAAAUAAUUAAUGAAUUGUCAAACUUCGGUUUCUGGCACGAUCCGUCCUCGAGUGAUAAGCGACAAGAAAUAAUAUUCAGAGAUACAGAAACGUGUGCAAAAUAUGUUUUAAAUACUACGUAACAAAUGCUGAUAAGAAUGAUGCAAUCUUAUUCCCGCAGGAACGAAGAAAAUAAAGAGACAGAAUUAAAUUGGCAGCGUUGAAAUUCUCAAUGAAAUUUCUUUGAUUGAGUAAAUUUGAAUUGCGAAUUUUAUGUGCGAUACGAUGAGUGAAUACUAGGAAAAGUGAUUAGACUCACUGGAUCGGAGGCCCACAGUCCGAAUACCGUUGAGCCACGAUUAUAUGAACUAAUUAUUGUCUUCAUUGUUUUACGUGUAUUUGAAAAAGAUGAAAAACGAUUGUAAAUAUAUAACAUAGAUACAUCCGUAUAAUAAACAUAAUUUAACAUAAA